GUCUUCUGUUCCUUCCCGAUAUGCGAAUCUCUUUACCCAUUUUCCCUUUCAGCUUUUCUCCUCUAUAAAUAUUCUACUAUAUCGCUCUCUCAAUUCUCAUUGUCUUUGGAAUUGCAUCCUUAUCUAUCUAAUACACCCAAGCGACGAGGAGAAGUCAAGAGAGAGAGAGAGAGCGCGCGCGCGCGAUGGCGACAGUUGGUGGAAUCAAAGAAGCAGAGGGCAGCGCGAACAGCUUAGAGGUCGACAACCUCGCUAAGUUCGCCGUCGACGAACACAACAAGAAAGAGAACGCGCUUCUUCAGUUUGGGAAAGUCGUGAAUGUGAAGCAGCAGGUGGUUGCUGGAACUGUUUACUACAUAACACUUGAAGCAAAAGAUGGUGAUCAGAAGAAAGUUUAUGAAGCAAAGGUCUGGGUGAAGCCAUGGCUGGACUUCAAGGAGGUGCAGGAAUUCAAGCUCAUUGCUUAGCAAGGUGAUAAGCAGUGCUUGUUGCUUACACUUCCAGUUGAAGUAUGUGAAGCUUUCUAGGCUAUUCUCCAUUCAAAGGAAACAGGGCUAAAUGAUUUCUCAGGGUUUAUCUUCUGUACUAUUAUUUCCUACUUUUCAGCAUAACUUUCUAUAUGUAUCUUUUAUAGCCUUGGAUUUGUUGGGGAAUUAAUGGCCAGUGUUAUAAUAAACAAAGUUAAUAGCUAAUAAAAAGUUGCGAUGCUAA